CAAAUCUAUCCCAACAUUUCCCAAAUUUAACAAUCUAAAUCUUCUGUAUCUCCGUAUCCCAACGACCGUGGCGAGAAUCCGAGCGAAUUUCGGGAUUGUUUUCGGAAAAUGGCGACCGGAAGAGUAGAUCUGGACGGUAAUCCGAUAAAGCCGAUGACGAUAUGCAUGAUCGGCGCCGGCGGUUUCAUCGGCUCGCAUCUAUGCGAGAAGCUGAUGGAGGAGACGCCACACAAGGUGCUCGCCGUCGACGUCUACAAUGACAAGAUCAAGAACCUACUCGAGCCGUCGUCGCAGUGGGGCGACCGCAUUCAGUUCCACCGCCUCAACAUUAAGAAUGACUCGCGCCUCGAAGGCCUCAUACGCAUGGCAGAUCUCACAAUAAAUCUUGCUGCUAUAUGCACGCCAGCAGACUAUAACACUCGUCCACUUGACACAAUUUACAGCAAUUUUAUCGAUGCUCUGCCUGUGGUUAAAUACUGUUCAGAAAAUAGCAAGCGUCUCAUACAUUUCUCAACUUGUGAAAUUUAUGGGAAAACCAUAGGUGCUUUCUUGCCUAAAGACAGCCCACUACGACAGGAUCCGAAUUAUUUUCUGCUCAAGGAGGAUGAGUCCCCUUGCAUUUUUGGCCCUAUUGAGAAGCAGAGAUGGUCAUAUGCAUGUGCAAAGCAGUUGAUUGAGAGAUUAAUAUAUGCUGAGGGUGCUGAGAACAGCCUUGAAUUUACAAUUGUGAGGCCCUUCAACUGGAUUGGUCCCAGGAUGGAUUUCAUUCCUGGUAUUGAUGGCCCAAGCGAAGGUGUUCCAAGAGUUCUCGCUUGCUUUAGCAAUAACCUCUUGAGGCGUGAACCACUGAAACUGGUUGAUGGUGGACAAUCGCAGAGAACUUUUGUUUAUAUCAAGGAUGCUAUUGAGGCUGUUCUUUUGAUGAUUGAAAACCCAGCCAGGGCUAAUGGUCACGUUUUUAAUGUGGGCAAUCCGAACAAUGAAGUUACAGUGAGACAGCUUGCUGAAAUGAUGACUCAGGUUUAUGCCAAGGUGAGUGGAGAAUCAUCACUUGACACGCCAACAGUGGAUGUGAGCUCAAAAGAAUUUUAUGGUGAAGGAUAUGAUGAUAGUGACAAGAGAAUUCCAGACAUGACCAUCAUCAACAGACAGCUUGGAUGGAAUCCAAAGACAUCGCUCUUUGACCUGCUGGAGUCAACCCUUACUUACCAACACAGGACGUAUGCCGAAGCAGUGAAGAAGGCAACCUCAAAACCCAUGACAAGUUAAGCACCAUAUAUAGUGAAUGAUAAGUUGGUUUCUCUUCAAUGUGCUGCUGCUCUACUCUGCUUAUUCAUAGUGAAUGACAAGUUAAGGCAACCUCAAAACCCAUGACAAGUUAAGCACCAUGUAUUUCGCUUCUUCUCAGACACAAUAUUCUGUCUCAUAAGCCUAUAGCACACUGUUGUACUUGUAAUGAUCAUCAUCUUGUGUUGUCUAAUGUCUUUUACAAGUUUGCUUCACUAGAUAUAAACCCUACCACCAUUAAAUUUUGUUGUAAUUGAGGGAAAGUUUUAGAGGGUGUUCUGCUCUAAUUUUCCUUAAGACAGCCCGCCUCGUAUAUUGUUUUGUUCAAACCUUUUCAGUCUACCAUUUCUUUUAGAUUA